UUCUUCUUCCUCUGAUUCAAAUCCUCAAAACCCUAGAAACCUUCUGCAAAAAUCUCUCUCUCUCUCUUCCUCCAUUUUCAAUUCUUGUUUCGAAAUUAACCAUGCGGAGGAGCGAGGGGAUUGAAUCAGAUGAAGCAGAAACGAGAUCGAGAACGAUGAAUCAUCAUCUCUCGCAAGAAGUUGAUGAGUAUAUCAAAGACACGAUUGAUUACUCCUUAGGUCUUCCGAUCUCCAUGGAAUCUCUUCAGAAGAAGCUUUACACAACUGAAGAAACCUAUCGUCGUCUUCGCGAACAGUAUCUGACUCUCGUUUCAAGAUUAAAGGAGAAAGAUCAUGUUAUCGAUCGUGUUAAGUCUGAAUCGAGUAUGAAUGCUCAGGCGUUGAAGAAGUUUGUUGAUGAGAAUCAGAAAUUGGCUAGUGAGUGUGGGAAUUUGUUGAGUCAGUGUAAGAAAUUGGAGAAGGAGUGUUUGCUUUAUCAUCAAGAUCGUGAUGCGUUGAUGGAGUUUGGGAAUGAGUCUGAUGAGAGAGCUAGAGAAGCUGAAGCUAGGGUUCGUCAAUUGGAGGAGGAAAUUGGAAGAAUAUCUGAGGAAAUUAAGAUUUGUAAGCGUCAAAUCGGAGAUGGUGAAGUUGACAACUGCACUACACCGUUAGAAGAAGAUUUGCUUGAUUCAGUUUUGGGAUCACUGAUAAGCAAAGAUGAAACUUUAAUGGGGCGUCUCUUCUUGGAGGCAAAUGUCCACGACCAAUCGUGCCAAAAUUUGUUGAGCAAGUGGGAUCACUUAAAGCCUUCAACGCAAAAGGUUCUUGCUUUAAUUUCAAGGGCAAAGAAAUUUGAAACGGAAAAAGAAUGCAUCAUCCUGAAUCUCGCUAAAGCCGAGCAAGAGGUGGAACUUGUGAGCACACUAAACCGAAAGCUGGAUAAAGAAAACCGUAAGUUGUUAAGGCAACACAGCCCUCUUUGUUCCGCAGACAGGAACCGAAACAGCGCAUCUGCAAAGUCAAACAAGAGAAAGAGUCCGAAGAUGAUGACCAGCCCGGUCGAGAAGAAGCUUGAGUUUAGCAGCAGUCCAGAACUAAGCAGGAAGCCUCUCUCCCCUGUGUGGCAUAAUAACUCACCAGAUUCAAGGAUGAACAACAACUGAUACAUGAACUAAAACAUUCUCUGUAUUAUUCAUGUGUGAUUCGGAUUUACAUUGUCAGCUUCUCUAAAAGCUACUAACAAAACAUGUAUGGCUGCUAUCAAAAUUUGACCAGAAAAUCAUGUUUCUAACU